AGCAUUUAUUAAAAACUAAUCUAAUGUUGUUCAAAACUUAUUCACGUUUUAUAAAAACCCUGUCGCUAAAGUUCACCAGCAAUGGUGAGCCUUUGGAGGUUUUGGAAAUGGUAGAAGAAGAAUUGCCGGAACCAAAAGAUUCUCAAGUAUUGAUAAAAGUUUUAAUGGCUCCCAUAAAUCCAUCGUAUAUUAAUAUAAUACAAGGUCGAUAUCCUUUGCAACCCGCUAAAUUACCAGAUACUGCUGGUAAUGAAUUUGUGGGCAAAAUUGUGCAAAUGGGUGAAAAAGUACAAAAUUUUGUGUUAAAAGAACAUGUUGUGGCUUUUGAAUCAGGUUUAGGAACAUGGAGCAAAUACCUAUUGCUUGAUUGCAAACAAAUAUAUGCUAUACCUUUUGAGGUGCCAUUGCCUGCAGCGGCCACUUUAACUAUUAAUCCUUGUACAGCAUUUCGCAUGUUGAAAGAUUUUAUUAAGCUACAGCCGGGCGACUGUAUUAUACAAAAUGGUGCUAAUAGUGCAGUGGGUCAGGCAGUCCACCAAUUGUGUAAAAUUUGGGGAAUUAAGUCCAUGGGUGUGGUACGUGAUCGUCCGGAGUUAAUAAAACUAAAACAAGAUUUAUUAAGACUGGGUGCCACAGAAAUUUUAACGGACGAAGAGUUAUCUAAAACUCAACUAUUCAAAUCCGAUUGCUUGCCUAAGCCACGCUUGGCUUUAAAUUGUGUGGGUGGCGAAAGUGCCACAAAUAUAGCCAAACAUUUAGACUAUCAAGGCGUCAUGGUGACCUAUGGUGGUAUGUCCAGAAAACCUCUUACUUUAGCCACAGGAUCUUUGAUUUUCAAAAAGCACUCAUUUCAUGGCUUUUGGAUUACGGAGUGGGUUAAGAAAAAUUACACAUCUCCAGAAAGAUCUUAUAUGUUGCGCAAUUUAACCCAAUUAAUGCAGCGCAAUGAAUUUUUAGCUCCUAAUCAUGAGUUAAUACCUUUCGAACAAUAUAAAAAGUUUGGAGAGCAAGCUUUAAGACUGGCCAAUAAAACCAACAAGAAAUUUAUAUUUGAUAUAGCUGAUAAAGAAUGCAAUUAA